AUGAAUACUAAUAUUGCUAGGAUUGUUCAAUCCAGCAACAGUGGUUGCCUUUACAUGAUGAAUGGCAACUAUGAGGAAGCCAUUGCGCUCUUUCGGAACUCUGUUCGUAUGACCAAGGAAGUCUUGAAUCAGUCACGGCUUAUGAAUAUUCCAAGACCUCAUCACCACGAGAUCCUGUUUGAGUUUCGAGACACUUUGAAACCGUUGCCUACCGUGACUUCUUGGGCUUCUUCAGGUGAUAAUAACAAUAUAUCAGCGGACAAGAACAAUACUUUCAUUUCGCGAGGAGUGAUUGUCAUUGUACAAUCCAAUCCUUUGGAUCUAUCUGUCUUAAAUCUAUGCAAGCUAUCCAUCGUCACCAUCUACAACAUGGCAGUUGCCAAUCACAUGGCAGGCUUGCAAAAUCGAGAUAUCAAAAAGCUUAAGCAUGCAUUGGAAUACUAUGAAGUUGCCUACAAACUUCAGUGCCAAGAACCCUUAUCCACAACCAGCAACAACAGGCAUUCUCAUAUCUUGUCGAUACUGAAUAAUGCGGGUGCCAUCUAUCGAUUACUGAAUGAACAUGACAAGAGUAACAUGUUCUUCCGAGACUUGCUUUCCAAACUUUCAUUCCUGAAGGAAACUGGACAUGUGGAAGAAAGCUGGGAUCGAUGGAAUGGCAUGUGGGGUAACAUUCUCCUACUGGUCAACUAUGUGUAA